CCAUUGAUUCGGAUGAUACCCGCCUCCACUGACAUUUGGACCAAUGAGUGGCUGAGAAAGUACCUCUGUGAGACUUUAACAGAGGCUUUUAUUUUGUCUGCCACGCAGCCGAAGUAAAUUCCUGAGAGAAGCCCGGUUGAAUUUUUAACUUGACAUUUUAUAAACUUUGAAUGUGUUUUUAUUCAUUCAAAUAUGGACCAACCCAGUCUUCGGAGGUUAUUUUCCGCCUGUGAUGUGAACAAGUCCGGUAAAAUCGAGUACGACGACUUCACUGUUGUGUGUCGCGAGCUCAACGUGUCCGGAGCCGAGGUCAAAACUCUGUUCGACAAGUUCGACGCGGACCAGGACGGAUGCAUCGACUACAGCAUGUUUUCGUCCAGGUUUCAGGAGGUUUCGGAGACUCUGGACUUUGCGUCUUUCGGGGGGUCGUCCCGGAACCAAGGCGGCCCGUGGGAAGAGUUUCAAGGCAGGAUAGAUGCUGAGUCGGUCCUCCCUGAAAGUCUCAGGGAGCAGCUGGCUGAUCUUUACCAGGACAUUCACUCUUCAGCAAACACAAAUCUGCUGCAACAGUAUGAGGAAAUAAUCCACUCUCUGAUCAGUCAAAGCCAGGACAACAGACUGGAGUGUGAACAGCUGGAGACCAGCAUAAAGCGAGCGGAGGAGAUGAACAACAGUCAGCUGGCAGAACUGGAGGACGAUAUACAGCAGCAGCUUGUCAAAACCGAGGAGAGGGUGAGAGACGAGGAGCGUAAAGAAAUGGAAGGAGUUAUGGUGGCCAUGCAGAGGAAGCACAAGAACGAGGUCACAGACCUACAUGCAACUGUGGACAGACUGUUGAAGAGCCAAAACGACACUAACUUCAACCAGUCAAAGGAGGAGGUGGACCGACUGAACAGACAGAUCCGUGAUCUCUCUCAGGAAAAUGAGGACCUGCGGACUUCUCUGCUGCAAGCCCAGACGGACAUCGCCGUCCUGCACUCCGAGCUGGACAAGCUGAAGAACAUGUAUGCAGACCAGAAAGCUCAACAUAAAAGAGAAACGGAUGAAUUGAAGAGGAUGGUUAUGGAAUACCAGUCGUAUUCCAAUCAGAUUCAGAUUCUCCAGGAAACAAACAAAAAGCUGUAUGACAGCAACGACGGGCUCCGCUCUGCGUUGGCCAGUGAAGCGGUUGCAGCUAAAAGGAGGUUGUCUCCCCAAAAUGAAAUCCCGGCCCGAAGGAUGAAGCCCCUCCGACAGAGCACACUCAACCAUGGCAGCUCGGAUCGGGAUCCCAGCAAAACAACCUACUCCCAAGUGGCCACAUGGUCCGAUAAGUACCUGGACAGCGGAGUCUCGCUGCCGAUGGACACAGCCGAGAGCUCAGGCAGCGACUACGAUAGCGACGACGGCAGGGGCUCGCUGGAAACGGUGCACCACAGUUACUCGUGUGUCCCAUCUGAUGUGGAGAUAUCGGAAAUGAAAUCUGAAGCUGCAGUGUCGAUGGCUCCCAGCAAGGCGAGCUCGAUUGCAUCAUCUCUACGAAGACGUUUGUCUGCAUUUUCCACAAAGACAUUAGAAGCCAACAUGGAAGAAACUGAGGAACCCGCUCCAAUGUACCGUCUGGUUUUAGCCGGAGACGCAGGAGCUGGAAAGUCCAGCUUCCUGCUGAGGCUGACGCUCAAUGAGUUCAAGGGAGACAUUCAGACGACGCUGGGAGUGGAUUUCCAAAUUAAGAGGAUGCUUGUGGAUGGACAGAAGACGAGCCUGCAGAUAUGGGACACAGCUGGACAGGAGAGGUUUCGUAGCAUCGCCAGGUCUUAUUUCCGUAAAGCUCACGGAGUCCUGCUUCUCUACGAUGUCACUUCAGAAAGCAGCUUCCUUAACGUCAGAGCAUGGGUGGAUCAGAUUCAGGAUUCAACGGAGGAUAAAAUCCCCAUGUGUGUUAUUGGAAACAAGGUGGACCUGCGAGAGCAGCUUCCAGAAGGGAGCUGUGUGAGCAGCUCGCACGGAGAGAAGUUGGCUAAGGCAUACGGCGCCUUGUUCUGCGAAACGAGUGCCAAAGAGGGAACCAAUGUUGUGGAGACUGUGCUUCAUCUAGCAAGAGAAGUGAAGAAAAAUGUCAAACUGAGACGGCAGUCAGAUUCUCAGGUCAAACUGAGUCAAUCCAACCCAAAGAAGACUCUCAACGCCUGCUGUGGACGGUAAAUGGUUGAUAUCAGCAGAUACGACGGGGCAAUGAAGGACACCAAGUGAUUUCUAUUGUGACAAAGACAUUCUUUCUCACAUGUUUUAAUCAUUGGAAUAUUUAAGGCAUUAAUAUAUUUUCAUAAAUGUUAAUUAUAUGAUCAAAAUUAAGAUUUUCUGUUGCACAUUUAAAAAUAUAAAUCUACGUUAUGUAAUCAUGCUUACCUUUCUUAGAUUUUGUAUUCGGUAGUAAUUUUAUGAAGUAAAUAAAUAAGGAUGUUUCAAUUAAAGGAUGGAUUUUGUCAGCCAGAAAACAAUUAUUUUUAAAUGAAUGUCUUUUUUCCCGUUGAGACCAAA